AUGCCUGGCGACGGAGCUUGUGCGUACAGAGCUAUGUUGUACAACCUCGGACUGGACGCGACUGACGUAGAGUUAGUCAAUGGUGAAGUGAUUGAUGCCUUCAGAUUUGUGUUAUACUCACUUGCCGACAAGCCGGAGGAACACGGUAACAUGUUGUUGCCGUAUGCUGAUGGUGCGGGUUGGGGUUAUACGGAGGUACAUAAAUUAACCGGUAAUGAGAUGAUCCACGUCGUGUGGCAGCUGGGUGACGAUGGCGUUGGGAUGCAUGUAGACGCCAUAGAUGACGGAAUUGGUGAGGAGAUGCGCCGUAAGCGCCUUGAAAAACUUGUGGAGAUAGCUAACGGAAAAGCUAUAGCGAAUGUCAGUGUCAGGGACGCUCUCGAUCCUUACGGUAGAUUGACGGAGGUGUUGCGUGGCAAUGACUUGGGUAAUUGUUUCUUGAAUCGAGGUGGUGUCAAGUUGGCGCAGAUGCUCGUUGAUAAUGAGGAUGCGGUGGCUAUUUUGACUAGCGAGAGGUGUAAUGUGCUCGAUUUAGGCGCCGCACCCGGUGGCUUCUCCUCUGUGAUCCGUAAGGCAGCCCCCCACGCUGCGAUAACAGCUGUAUCGGUGGACGGUGGGGUCGCACGCGACGCGCGACUAGAUGAACACGUUACGUGGGUAACGUCUGACAUCUUUGACUUAAAACCGGACGCGUUGAGCGGUCCUUUCGACAUUGUCGUUGCUGAUGCCGCGACGUCUGAUUCUUACACAAACCCAAAACUAUUUAAUAGAGAGGUAGAGUUGGCAAUUUCCGUGCUGGCUGGUGGAGAACCACAAAAAUGUAAGGAGGAGACUCGUCGCACGGCCUCAUUAAUGGUGGCGAUAGAAGCAGCGGGAAAGUGCGGUGUUCGCAACGUUGGUGCGGACGGCACGGGUGUGACGAGCGGUAAAUCGUAUAGUCGUUCUAAGACGCUGGUUUCAUACGCAGUUAGGAUGAGGUCGAAGUGUAUACAAUGUGAUGAGUCCAGUAUCGGGGAUAAUGUUGACUCGACUUCAGAGCGCCUCGUUCUAACUAAGGCCGUGGGGCAGACGUCUAGGUUCUUCAAAGAUAAUACCGACAAUGAGAGUUGUGUCUCUUCGUCCUACAGCUCGGUUUGUGAUGUUUUGUCGCUAUCCACUGUGGAAGGCAGAGGUUUACGCAAGCGCCCCAUAGCCUUGUUUGGUGACGAGGACGUGCCUGUGAUAUAUUUCUCGUAUUGCGAUACAUCAGGUACAGGAAAGGUAUUGAUCUCUCCGGGUAUUAUGUUGAAUGGCACCGACAUGCGAACGUCGAUAGAGAGGUCCGUGUAUUCAUCGUUACCCACAGUAGUGAUGGAACAUAUGGCGGGAGAAUUACCUGCUAAGGUCCUUGUUACAGGAUCCAAAAAGGACAAGAUAGUUAUCCUGUUGGACUUAAGUGACUCUGAAACUUUUAAGAACCUUCAGUACGAGUUUUUCGACGGUCUGCGGGGAAUGGCGUUGGCGAAGGAUCUCGGCGCACGAGUGGUGGUUGUGGAUACGAUGUACGGUUUGGCUGCGAACCUAAUACCACCGAUAAACUACUACCUGUCGCUGUCUAAGAGCCAGUCCACACGGCGCGUUGCGUCAGCGUUGCGUCGACGCAGCGCUACCACUGCGUUGUUUUACAUACAAAUAACCAAGGUGUUCACACGGCGCGCUGCGUCGUCGCAACGCACACAUGACGGACAGCAGCCCCCGAGACGAAGCGGGAGGGGGUGUACUCGUGCGACGUCGGAGCGUCAGCGCUCAGGUAAAAUGAAUACCAUUGAAGAAAUUGACAUAGAUUACUUGAUUACAUUGAUACAGGAAAGGGAAAUUAUAUGGGACAAGUCAAACGUAGAUUUUAAAAAUAAAAAUUUAAAAACAAAAGCCUGGGAAGACAUAUCAAAAGUUUUAUUUCCUGAUUACGAGAAUUUCACAGCUGAACGAAAAAAUAAAGUUGGUAAUGAUUUAAUAAAAAAAUGGAGAAGUGUAAAAGAUAAUUACUUCAGAUAUUCAAAAAAAUUAAAAGAAGCAUCAAAAUCGGGCUCGGGCGCUACGAAACUGAAGAAGUAUCAUUUAUACAAUCAACUCCUUUUUUUGAGAAAAGUGGAACAAAAUGCCACCGAAUCUAGCUUAGACUCGCCUAGAGAAAUCAACAAUGAAUCUACGUCUACAAAUGAUGACAUUACCACAGACAACACUCCGCGCUAUGUUCCAGUCGCGCGCAAAAGGGCAAUGCAAAUGGAUGAGUUUGAAAGAGAAGGACUAAAACUUCUCAAGGAGCCGGAAAAUCGCCAUAUGUCCUUUUUCAGAGCUAUAUUGCCAUCUAUUCAAGAAUUUUCCGACCGAGAAACUCUCCGUUUCCAAAGUAAAGUUAUACAAAUUAUAGAUGAAAUGCGGUAUGGACAAACAUCAUCAUAUGUGAGUGGCCCAUCAACGUCUCACCAACCACCAUAUGGGUAUCAAACAGCAAAUUUUCAAAGUACAUACAUUUCUGAUUUUAAUAAUUCAAUUACAUCUCCAGAAACAUCUCAAGCAAGUGAAGAAACUGAAUACGAUUUUUCUAAUUUG